AAAAAAAAAAAAUUCCUGUGGCGCGCCGCCUGGUUCCCGGGCAGACUCGCCAGCACCAGGGGGUGGGGGAGUGCGAGCUGAAAGCUGCUGGAGAGUGAGCAGCGCUAGCAGGGAUGGACAUGAUGCUGUUGGUGCAGGGUGCUUGUUGCUCGAACCAGUGGCUGGCGGCUGUGCUCCUCAGCCUGUGCUGCCUGCUACCCUCCUGCCUCCCGGCUGGACAGAGCGUGGACUUCCCCUGGGCGGCCGUGGACAACAUGAUGGUCAGAAAAGGGGACACGGCGGUGCUUAGGUGUUAUUUGGAAGAUGGAGCUUCAAAGGGUGCCUGGCUGAACCGGUCAAGUAUUAUUUUUGCGGGAGGUGAUAAGUGGUCAGUGGAUCCUCGAGUUUCAAUUUCAACUUUGAAUAAAAGGGACUACAGCCUCCAGAUACAGAAUGUAGAUGUGACAGAUGAUGGCCCAUACACAUGUUCUGUCCAGACUCAACAUACACCGAGAACAAUGCAGGUGCAUCUAACUGUGCAAGUUCCUCCGAAGAUAUAUGACAUCUCACAUGAUAUGACCGUCAAUGAAGGAACCAAUGUCACCCUUACUUGUUUGGCCACUGGAAAACCAGAGCCUUCCAUUUCUUGGCGGCACAUCUCCCCAUCAGCAAAACCAUUUGAAAAUGGACAAUAUUUGGACAUUUAUGGAAUUACAAGGGACCAGGCUGGGGAAUAUGAAUGCAGUGCGGAAAAUGAUGUGUCCUUCCCAGAUGUGAGAAAAGUAAAAAUUGUCGUAAACUUUGCUCCUACGAUUCAGGAAAUUAAAUCUGGCACCGUGACCCCCGGACGCAGUGGAUUGAUAAGAUGUGAAGGUGCAGGUGUGCCGCCUCCGGCCUUUGAAUGGUACAAAGGAGAGAAGAAGCUCUUCAAUGGCCAACAAGGAAUUAUUAUUCAAAAUUUUAGCACAAGAUCCAUUCUCACUGUUACCAAUGUGACACAGGAGCACUUCGGCAACUAUACUUGUGUGGCUGCCAACAAGCUGGGCACGACCAAUGCGAGCCUGCCUCUUAACCCUCCAAGUACAGCCCAGUAUGGAAUUACCGGGAGCGCUGCUGUUCUUUUCUCCUGCUGGUACCUUGUGUUGACACUGUCCUCUUUCACCAGCAUAUUCUACCUGAAGAAUGCCAUUCUACAAUAAAUUUAAAGACCCAUAAAAGGCUUUUAAGGAUUCUCUGAAAGUGCUGAUGGCUGGAUCCAAUCUGGUACAGUUUGUUAAAAGCAGCGUGGGAUAUAAUCAGCAGUGCUUACAUGGGGAUGAUCGCCUUCUGUAGAAUUGCUCAUUAUGUAAAUACUUUAAUUCUACUCUUUUUUGAUUAGCUACAUUACCUUGUGAAGCAGUACACAUUGUCCUUUUUUUAAGACGUGAAAGCUCUGAAAUUACUUUUAGAGGAUAUUAAUUGUGAUUUCAUGUUUGUAAUCUACAACUUUUCAAAAGCAUUCAGUCAUGGUCUGCUAGGUUGCAGGCUGUAGUUUACAAAAACGAAUAUUGCAGUGAAUAUGUGAUUCUUUAAGGCUGCAAUACAAGCGUUCUGUUCCCUGUUUCAAUAAGAGUCAAUCCACAUUUACAAAGAUGCAUUUUUUCUUUUUUGAUAAAAAAAGCAAAUAAU